GGGCCGUCGCCGUCCUCCGUGCGCAUGCGCAGUUGCGGGCAGCUGGCGUGGAGGGCGCACGCGGCGGCGGCGGCGGCGGCGGCGCUCUGAGGAGAAAACCAUGAGGCCCGGCGCGGGCGAAGGCGGCAGCGGCAGCCGGCCUAUUUUUAGCACCUCAGACCUUGAGAAGCAAGAAAAGGAAAGUGAUGAUCUGACAGACAGUGAAGAAAGCAUCUUCUCCGGGCUGGAGGAUUCUGGGAGUGACAGCAUCACGGAAGAGGACGAAGACUAUGGCAGUGGAGUUGAAGAGAAGUCAGAAGGCGUCUUGCCCUCGGAAAAUAUGCAAGUAAGUGUAGAAUGUGAGUUUAGAAUCUGUGGCAUCGCAUCUUCCUGCAGCUUUUUGUAGCUUUUUAAGAAAGAUUCAAGGGAACGAAAUCUUGCACUCCUUCAAUGGUAAUGCUUCUGAGAUUGUUUUCUUGUCACUGUUCCACGUAUACAUAGUGCAGGCACACAUAUGCAGACCCAGUGAAAGGUGGU